AUGUCAGAUCUCAGUGCAAGAAACGUGACGUCGUCAGAAGACAACUAUGAAAUGUCUAAAGGAAAGCCAUCAGUGGCAAUUCCUCAGGUAGAAGGUGAAUCUGGAAGCAUUGCUUCAUUCUCACUGGAAGAGGAAGGUAUCAAUGAUGAAAACUUGGAGAUUGAUCCAAAAGAGGAAGCUGCCUUUGUAAGGAAAUUGGAUACAAGGCUGCUACCAAUGUUGACCUUCAUGUACUUUUUAUCAUCAUUGGAUAGGUCUAAUAUUGGUAACGCUUAUACUUCUGGUAUGCGUGAGGACUUGAAGCUAACAAGUAAGCAAUAUUCCAAUGCUGUGUCCGUUUUCUACUCUACUUAUUUGGCUGCUGAAUUGCCCACAACUUUAAUUCUAAAGAAGACAAAGCCAAAGUAUUACAUGUCGACUCUAGUGUUUUGCUGGUCAAUAAUCACCCUUUGCAAUGCAUUCGUGCAUUCUUAUGGGAGUUUGUGCGCCUUGAGAGUUCUAUUGGGUACUUUCGAAGGUGGGUUUUUCCCAGCUAUGACCUUGAUUAUCAGUAUAAUGUAUAAGAAGCAAGAACAGGGUAAACGUAUUGCCUUCUUCUUCCUUGGAUCAGCUAUUUCGGGUGCUUUUGGUGGUUUGAUUGCAACUGGAUUGGCAUCAAUGAAGAAGACAGGUGGUCUCGAAGGCUGGAGAUGGUUGUAUAUCAUUGAAGGUUUAAUUUCAGUGUGUGCUUCAGUUUGGCUUUUCCUAGAACUUCCAGCUGACUUCAACAACAUACCUUACUUCAAUGAAAGAGAGACUGAAAUCUACAGGAUUAGAAACAAACAACGUACUGCUUAUAUGGGCAAUGAAAAGUUUGAGUGGAGUUAUGUUUUUGAUGCGCUAAAAGACUUUAAGACAUAUAUCAGUUUUACUAUCCAGUUUUGCCAAGAUACAGUCCUUUAUGGAUUUAGUACUUUUGUAACAGCAAUUUUGAAAUUAGGGCUUGGAUACACUUCUAGAGAGGCUCAGUACAUGAGUGUCCCUGUCUAUAUUUUGGCGGGAAUAGUUUUUAUGAUCUCCGCUUUUGUCAGCGAUAGACUAAAAGUUAGGGCUCCAAUUUUUAUAUGUUACAAUCUCGUUGGGGCAAUUGGUUAUAUUUUAUUGCUAAGUGUCAGCAAUAACUCUGUCAAAUACUUCGCAUGUUACCUUAUCACGUUUUCCUUAUACACUGGUACAGGGUUGAACAUCGCAUGGUUAACUAAUAAUGUGGCCCCUCAUUAUAAAAGGGCUACCGCUCUGGGACUCAACCAAACCUUAGGAAACGUCUCUGGUGCAGUUGCUGGCCAAAUUUACACCAAAGCGCCAUAUACAUUUGGUAACUCCUUCUCUUUAGGAUGUAUCGUGUUGUCAAACAUUCUAGCUAUUGGCCAAAUAAUCGUCUUAAAGACCAUGAACAAAAAGCGCCAACGUAUUAUAGAUGGAGAGAUUGAAGAUCCUUAUAAAGGAGAGAGAAGGGGGGAUCAUGCACUGGACUUUAAAUAUUGCAUUUAG